UUUGCAGAGAUAUAAAACUGGACAACGUGAUGCUUGACAGUGAUGGUCAUAUAAAGAUUGCUGACUUCGGAAUGUGUAAAGAAAACAUGUUUCAUCCACAAAAGACACAGACAUUUUGUGGCACGCCUGACUAUAUUGCUCCAGAGGUAUAGAGUUCAACAGUUAUAUAAGUAGUAAUAAUUCUCACUAGGGAUGAGCCGAUAAGGAAAAUUGCCGAUUACUGAGGCCGAUUAUUUAUAAGCCGAUUAUCGUAACUAAUCGGCCGAUUAAUCGGUACCCGCCGAUUAUUUUAAAAAGCAAGCGAAAAAUCACAAAUUGACCAACAAUGAAGUUGUAAUUGCGGUUUUAUUGUUUACAGUACACACUAUGUACAAUUAAAAACAGCUUCAAUCUUGCAUGUCAAUAGUCAAAGUUAAGUUUUGGCAGAUUAUGGUGUGAAAACAGGAUAUUGUCAGCUAUGCGGAGCUAUUCUGCUGCGUUUUUCAGUGGAUAUGUUCCCAGCUUCACUUCACUUGAGACAAAAGACACAGGUUUUGCAACAAAAUGUGAAAAUCUAUUCGCUUGUAUUCAGUAUUCUAGCAUGUGCUCGGCAGUUGCAGAAAAAGUCUUAUGGCCGAUUAUGUGCCGAUUAUCAGGCAAUAAUCGGCCGAUUACCGAUUAUUUAAAAAACGGCCGAUUAAUCGGCUUUGCCGAUUAUUUACCGAUUAAUCGGCUCAUCCCUAAUUCUCACUUCGUUUCACAUUGUCUUACUGGCUUUAAACUACAGUAGUUGUUAAGCUAGUAGAGAGUUGUUUAUAGAUUGAUAACAACAUUUCCUACAUUGUCUUAUUUAUUUAGAUCGUUGCCUAUCAAGCGUAUUCAUUUGCAGUUGAUUGGUGGGCGCUUGGCGUGUUAAUAUUUGAAAUGUUAGUUGGACAGGUAAGGGCUUUUUAAAUGAAUUUUAAAGGCGGCUUGGCUCGAUGUAGACAAGAGACGGAUAACACACCUGUAACGCAACUUUCUGCUAGGAAUUGUGAGCAUGGCCCGCAUCGUUUAAUAAUUUUUCCCCAAUUAUUGUCUUUUUUUCUAGCCUCCAUUUGAUGGAGAUGAUGAAGAAGAACUCUUCAACUCAAUUCUAGAACACAGUGUUUCUUGUCCGAAAUCGUUAUCCAAGGAAGGAACGUCUAUUAUUAAAGGGGUUUGUGUCUUAUUCUAUUGUUGAAGAUUGGUUUCAUGUGUUUAAUUUAUUCGUUGUAUUGAGCUGUUGGUGGUUAACGCAUACUGUAUG